UGCGGUUAGGAUACGUCAAAAUUGCCACAAAAGCAAUUCACGUUCAGAAAAAACUGUUUUUUUACGUAUCUUUAUAAAAAUCUUGAUUUCCUCCACUUUGGUCUUUGAAAAUAAUGAAUAGAUUUGAAUAUGCUGAUUCUCGACUUUUUCAUAAUGAAAUUUAUAUACGACGCGACAUUGGCAUAUGCAUAUACGAUGGUGAUGUUAAGACAAAUUUUGAAAGUGGUGAAUUAGUACUUACCAGUCACAGAUUCCUUUGGGGGAAACCUGGUGAUAUAUCGCGCGGUCACACAUGUCUUUCAUUAUCUCUCCGUCAUAUAGUUUUCUUCGAGGAAGAAGUUCCUGGUCCAUUUUCCUUUGGACGUAGCAAAAAGAUCAUAAUACAUCUUUCUGAGGCUCCAAUUGAUAAAAUGCCUGGUCCAUUAGAUAAUAGUAUAUAUAAUUAUAUUAAAUUCUCAUUUAAAGAAGGUCUAGAUCCAAAUUUUCAUACACAUUUGUCUGAUGCUAUUAUGAGACGAAUUUGGGAAUUUACACCUAUCAUGCCUUUAAAUCAUCCUGAUAAUAAUACAAAAAAUAGUGGAGACAUUAAUAAACCUCUACCACAAAUAAAGACAAGAACUGGUAUUAUAGGUAUUGAAAGAAGCCUUCAGGAACAACAAAAAGCAACAGAUGAAAGUAUAUCAAUGGCCUUUCAAGAUCUUAAGAAGCUUAUGGAAGUGGCCAAAGACAUGGUUUCCAUUUCAAAAACUAUCUCAGCAAAAAUACGGGAGAGACAAGGAGAUAUCACAGAGGAUGAAACAGUUAGAUUUAAGUCUUACUUAAUGAGUCUUGGCAUUGAUGACCCUGUCACCAGAGAUGCAUAUAAGAAUAGUAACGAAUAUUUCAAACAAUUGGCUAUACAACUUGCAAAUAUUUUAGAAGAGCCAAUUAAAGAAGUUGGUGGAAUGAUGACAUUAACAGAUGUUUACUGUCGUGUAAAUAGAGCUAGAGGCUUAGAACUUCUUUCACCAGAAGAUUUACUAAAUGCUAGUAGACAACUAGCAUCUUUGAGUUUACCUAUAGUAUUAAGAAUGUUUGAUAGUGGAGUUAUGGUUCUUCAAUCUAGAUCACAUGAUGAUAAUGCCAUAGUUGAUGUUAUAGCUGACCUGAUAAAAGAAAGAGGCUCUCUAACAGCAGAAGAACUUGCUCAAUCAGAAGGUAUAUCAGUCCUUUUAGCACGUGAGAGGCUACUAGUUACAGAAAAAAGGGGAAAAGCAUGUAGAGAUGACACAAUUGAAGCUUUAAGAUUUUAUUCUAAUCUAUUUCUGGAAAAAGAUGAUUAACACUGCCAAAUUUCUCAUUGCCAUAUAUA